UAUUGAUAUCGCUGAACGCCACCCAAUGCAAAGGCCCUAUACAGAAGUCGUACUACAAAACUAUUUAAGCAAAUAAAAUAUAUUUGUAAAUUAAAAUUUAUGAUUCUUAAAGAUUGUCUUUCACCGUUAACUCAACUCAACUUAAUUUUAAUGGUUUAAAAUCCAUGAAACUGAAAAUGAAAACUGAAAUGAAAACACCAACAUUUUAAGGAAAAGCAACAACUUAAUCUACUUAAAAUUAUCAACAAAAAGCAAGAAAAAUAAAUCAGUAAAACCCCAAAAAAUCUGUUCGAUUCAAUCCACUCAAAGUAAGCUUUAAAAUUCUAACAAUAAAUAACAAUAUUCCAACCAAAAAUUCAACAAAUUAUACAAAAUAAGUUCAACGAAAUAUAAAUUAAAUCAGGAAUAAACAAUAAUAAUAAUAAAAACUUUAUAAAAUAAAAGCAAAACCCACCAUGGACAUCAACCUAAAAAUCCAACCAACAAAAUAAGCAAUAACAAAGUGGGAAGUCAAAAAGUCAAACCAAAAGAAAGGCAAAAUAAAAACAAGAAAAACAAAAAUCUCAAAUAUUUACCCAAGAAACCAACCAAAAAGAGCAACAACAACAACAACCACAAAUGGCAUUGCGAAACUGCUUGCCAGAGCUGCGCAGCUGCGGCGGCGUUAGCUGAAGCUGCUGCAGCGCUCUCCAGGUGAGCGGCCAAGAAGUGCAGAAACCAAGAGAGAGAGAGAGGAAAAGAGAGUGCGGAGAAGCAGUGCUCAGUUAUCAGCGCACUGCAUUCGCAUUUCAGCUGCAGAAGCGAGCGGUUCGAAAUGCGCACCAAAAGCGCGGCGAUCGCUUGAGUAAACGCUGAUAAAUGAAAACAAAGUAAAACAAAAAUCAACCUAACAAACAUUUGUGGGACAACAAGUGCGAGUUGGCAACAGUUGGCAAACCAGAAAAUUACAAACAAAUAUUUGUUGAAAAUCUCGCGGGUUGGACACUAACAAAGAUAAGAGGAAAUCGCUAUCAAAUAUUUGCUGAAACUCCCGAAAAAUAUUGAUAAAAAACUACGUUUUGUGUUUGUCAUAAAAAUAUAGAACUUAUAAGAACAAAGAAGACCAUAGUGAUACAACCUAACUAAGAUAAAUACAACUUAUAACUUAAUAUAAUAGUUUUUUUAUCUAGAUAAAACAAAAAAUUUGAAAAUAUUUUAAAAAAUAAACCAAAAAAGAUGUAAACAAAAACUUAAAAAACAACUUUUAAGGCCCUGCAAUUUCCCAGAACUUUUUGGGCCAGUUAAAGCUUCCAAAUUCGACCGCCUGCAUGCGUUUCUGGCCGUAAUCCUCCGCUCCAAGGUGACCAUGUGCAGCCGGAAAUGCUUCCGCAUGCCCACCCUGGUCAUCUGCGGCGUCGUGCUGACCAUCAUCCUGGUCUGCAUCACGGGCAUCACGCUGACGAACAGCAUCAACAUAUCGAACAUCGUCAAGCUGCGCGAAAAGGUGGCCAGCGAUUCGGCCGCAGCCAAUGGAGGUCACCAGGCGGCCCAGACCCGGGCGGCCCUUGUCGAGCAGCAGUACUCGACACUGCAGCAGCAUCAUCUGUCCCGCAGUGAUCUCAACUAUAUACAGGCGGCGACGCAUCCCAAGAACCUCCAGCGCCAACUGCAGCAGCAGCAGCAACAGCUCCAGCAGUUGCAGCAACAGCAUCAGCAACCGAAUAAGAUUGUCAUCGAAAUCGGACUCAGCAAUGACAGCGGCCCAAGCAGUGCUCCAGCCAGCAGUGUAAGCAGUUCAAGCAGUACGGGUCCGCGAAUUCUUCAGGCGGCCGAAGCUCUGAUGGAGGGAAAUGUCGACUCGAUUUCGCUGCCAGCAGCUGCCCCUCUCACAGCAGCCACUAAGAAUCCAGGCAGCAGUACGCCAACAGCUACCGUUAACAACUCUACUACCCUUAGUACUAAUACUACCAAACCAGAUAUUACAAUGGGCAUCGCCGAUCACAAUCCUGCGGGCAUCGAAUUCGAGCGACGCGCCCACGUCAAAAAGAUGAUGGAGCAUGCGUGGCACAACUACAAACUGUACGCAUGGGGCAAGAACGAACUGCGUCCGCUAUCGCAACGUCCCCAUUCGGCCAGUAUCUUUGGCUCCUACGAUCUGGGCGCUACGAUCGUUGACGGCUUGGAUACCCUGUACAUUAUGGGUUUGGAGAAGGAGUAUCGCGAGGGUCGCGAUUGGAUCGAGCGAAAGUUUACGCUAGACAAUAUCAGUGCAGAGUUGAGUGUUUUCGAGACAAACAUUCGGUUUGUCGGAGGCAUGCUGACACUGUACGCCUUUACGGGGGAUCCACUGUACAAGGAGAAGGCCCAACACAUUGCCGAUAAACUGCUGCCUGCUUUCCAAACGCCCACGGGGAUCCCCUAUGCGCUGGUUAACACCAAGACCGGGGUGGCCAAGAACUACGGCUGGGCAUCCGGCGGCAGUUCCAUCCUCUCCGAAUUCGGCACCCUGCAUCUGGAGUUCGCCUAUUUGAGUGACAUAACCGGUAACCCACUGUACCGGGAGCGAGUGCAAACCAUCCGCCAGGUGCUUAAGGAGAUCGAGAAGCCGAAGGGCCUGUACCCCAACUUCCUUAACCCCAAGACAGGCAAAUGGGGACAACUCCACAUGUCCUUGGGCGCCCUGGGCGACAGCUACUACGAGUACUUGCUGAAGGCUUGGCUGCAGUCCGGGCAAACGGACGAGGAGGCCCGCGAGAUGUACGACGAGGCGAUGCUGGCCAUUUUGGACAAGAUGGUCCGAACCAGUCCAGGUGGACUGACAUACGUCUCCGAUCUGAAGUUCGAUCGGCUGGAGCACAAGAUGGACCAUUUGGCUUGCUUCUCGGGUGGCCUUUUCGCUUUGGGAGCUGCCACGCGUCAGAAUGACUAUACGGACAAAUACAUGGAGGUGGGCAAGGGCAUAACGAAUACCUGCCACGAGAGCUACAUCAGAGCACCCACUCAGCUGGGACCCGAGGCCUUCCGAUUCAGCGAAGCUGUGGAAGCGCGAGCACUGAGAUCGCAGGAGAAGUAUUACAUUCUGCGACCAGAAACCUUCGAGAGCUACUUUGUGCUGUGGCGUCUUACGCACGACCAGAAAUACCGCGACUGGGGCUGGGAGGCGGUCCUCGCCCUGGAGAAGCACUGCCGCACGGCGCACGGUUACUGUGGCCUGCGUAACGUCUACCAGCAGGAGCCGCAAAAGGACGACGUCCAGCAGAGCUUCUUCCUCGCCGAAACGCUUAAGUACCUGUACUUGCUGUUCUCGGACGACUCGGUGCUGCCGCUGGACGAGUGGGUGUUCAACACGGAGGCCCAUCCGCUGCCGAUCAAGGGGGCGAAUGCGUACUACAGACAGGCGCCCGUAACGCUUCCGGUUUCGAAUGCCUCGUAAACGGGCGCCGUGCUGCGCCGAUGGCUGUUCGGCCUGUCCCUAGCAAUGCAGCUGACUUAGCUCUCGAUAUAUGAUUACUUAUCGUAAAAGUGUUUUUUUUUUGAUUUGGUUUAAGUUUUUAAUUAGUUUACGUGAUGAUGACAACUGCGUGCGAAAUAUAUUGUAUGAUCACAAUCAGCCAGGCACACACAAACACACACACACACAGAGAGAGACACAUGCACACACUGACACUCACACCACGAGAAACUUUCAAUGUAACAUAUUUAUAAAGCUUGCACAUACGUAUAUAGGAACCUAAACUUAAACGGAUAUAUCGUAGUUUAGUUCUAAACAGUUUGCACAAGUUUCUCCGAGUCUCUUUUUUGAUUUAGCCUACGGCCUUUAAUGACGGUAAAAUAAUCCAAAUAGUUGACUGGGCUGGGUUGGGUGGCCCCGAUUUCCAUUUGAAAGCGAAUGACGUAGACACGUAGGCAAACACUCUUGAUAUUAAUUAUGAUAUAUGGAUAUAUGAUAUAUGGAUAUAUGUGUAAAUGUAAAACUCAGGUGUUCUUAUUAUGAUUUUCCUUGCGCUAACACUCAAGGCUCUUUCUCACAGCUCUCCACGUUACGUAACUAUCUCUACAAGCAUUCUUAACGCAAUUUGCGAUCUGCGAUCUGACUAUAUGUCGGUAUAUCUAGAUACGAGUAUAUAGCGACUUGGCUGGCAUUUCGAUAGAUCUACUCAGCUGUUUUCCAAUUCGAAACUUUGACCACUUUGUUUUGUAUAUAAUUUCUAAUGGCUUUCGUCGCAAAAUGAAGGCAAGAGAGAAGAAAAUCGAAUUGAUAUUUAUACAAAUAUAUAUUCUUACACAAUAUUGUUUAACUUGUAGCCUAAAUAUUUAAAUAUAAAUUUAAUAUAGAGUCUAGCUUACUUUAUGUGACGAAACAAAUGUAACGCGAAUUACCUUAAAUCAGAACCAGAACAUCAAGCGAAACGAACGCAAAUGAAGAAGUCUAUAUGAGAAUAUAACUAAAUAAAUAUAUAUAUAUUUGUAUUUAAUUAAAUCAAAUAAAGCGUAGGCAAUUGUUAAAAUAAAUGAAUUUGAUUUUUAACAGCUGUAAAGGUUUUUUAUAAUAACAAUAAUAAUAAUAAUAAUAAUACCAACCAACAAUAAUCAUAUUUAUAAUUCUAUUUAUAAUUGUAAUCCAUAGUCUAAGCCGCAAGUAUCGCAUGGUAAAUGAAAAAGUUAGAAGUUAUUAAAUUGUUUUUUUUUUUGUAACCUACGCAGCCUGUGCGCUGCGUAAAGUGAUUUAACAAACGUAAAAAUAAUAUAAAACAUAAGCUAAGACCCUAAUGUAAAACCGAAGAAUUUUAAAAACAAAACCUUUUAACGAAAAUAAAAUAAUAUCAAAACAACUUAACUUAAAUCGAUAAAUCAGUAAAUCAGUAAAGCUAAACAGAGAACACGGCAGAAUGCUAACAGAAUAGGACGCUAAUGAGAAAUAAAAUCGAAAACUAACUAAGCAUAAAUCUAGACCUUAGAGCAAACUUUUUUUGUUUAGAUCAAAUUAGAAAUGAGGCCAAUGCCGUGAUAUAUGAUAUAUCCGACGAUAGUGCCCAAAAACACAGAUUCAAAUGGCAGUUUGUAAAUGCAUCUGACAUAAUGCACUCAUCGAUUGCAGUCCCUGAGCUGCUGCCGAUGGCAAUUGUAUUUUGUCUAAAACAUAAGUUUAAUAAAGAUCUACUAAUUAACUUAAAA